CGAUUCUUCAUGCAUAAAAAAAUCCGGUCCCACUUACCAAUACCAGUUAGCCCUUUCCUCCCUCUCUUGUACCCCGCUUCCCCCGAACCCUAGCCGCCAGAUACCAAUCUCCCUCCUCUUCCGCUCCCCGCCUCCGCGAACCUCCUGAGCUGAUUCUCGCACCUUGGUCCAAGAUGUAUCUCCAGUACUACGUCAACGAGAAGGGUGUCAAGGUGUACACCACCAAGAAGGAAUCCCCUCUCGGUGUGCCGACUCAGUCUGCCCACCCAGCUCGCUUCUCCCCAGAUGACAAGUACGCUCGCCAGCGUUACCUGUUGAAGAAGAGGUUUGGAUUGCUGCCAACCCAACAGCCAGCACAAAAGUACUGAAGCAAUCGCAGGAUGGGUCCUCUGAAGAGACAUUUCCUUUGCGGAAUUGUUGUUUGGAGUGUAGACUAGGCGAUCAACUAUGUGAACAGAGAAUCAGUACUGCUACUUAUCUUGCUUGUUGCCGAAAUAACUCUGAAUGUAAUGCUAUGCUAUUGAUCGGUCAUGCUCUUUGUACUAUGCACUCCAUAUGAGACCAAAUCAUCUGGCUCUACCUUGCUCAUAA